AUGGCAACAAUUUUGAGAGAGAGUAGAAUUGCUAAAGCGAUGUAUGAUAGAACUGUGGUUUAUGAAUCACAUGUUAGAAAAUUUUGGGAUACAACAAGGUAUGAUGAAACAGAUAAGAUAAUUCUUGCUGUAUUAAGAAAGAAGGAUAAAGAUGGAAAAGAUAUAGAUGUUGAGGUUGAAGUUAGUGUUGCUGAUGUGAGAAGGGUUCUUGAUCUACAAGAUUCUGAUGAUGAUCCAACGAUCAUGUCAGAACGUCUUGUAAAAGGUUUGUGGUGCAGAAUGGGUUUCACAGGGCACAUAAAUGGAAAGAUGUACAAAAGAUGCUUCUCCAAAGCGUAUCAGUACUUAAUGCAUUGUAUGAUACACUCAAUGGGUCAUAGAAAGGGUGCAUAUGAUGAGGUUGCUGAUUACAUCAUGAAUAUGAUAGCAAGCUUGGUGUUGAACAGAAGGUACAACAUUUCUCAAGACUUUGAGUAUGUGAUGGAGACGAUCAGUGUAAAUAAGGUCACAAUUGGAAGAAUUACAAAAGAUAAGGAUGUGAAAACCAAGCAGAUGAUUUGCAGAAUAAAAGAUAAAAAAUAUGUUGCUCCUGAAAACGAUAAGUGGAGGCAUGACAACAGGGAUUCAGACAAUGAAGACUCAAAGAUGAAUGAGAUGGUUGAGAAAAAGACUAGGUGGUGGUUCGUUAGAGAUGGAAAAAGAAAAAGGACACCUAAGUCAUCCCCUGCGGUUGUUAUUCCUAAAGAUGGAGAAAAGGGUAUAGUGAAAGGGGGAGCAUUAAGACAAUUAGAUCACAUAUGGGUCUUCUGGAGAGCCAUAGCAGAGAACGAAGAGGUUGCAGCACAACAAGCUCAAGGAACAAGUGCUCAUGCUGAAAAGGCUACAAGGGUUGAAUCAGAAACAGAAGCUCAAAGUGAUGGAGAUUCUGAAGCCACUCAAUCUGAGUCUGAAUUGAUUCCUGAAACUCUUGGAAGAGGAAAAGCUCAAUUGAAGAAAAGACCUUCAAAGAAACAAAGGGGAUCAGAUGAAGAAGAUUCUCCUUAUGAUCCUGAAAAGUCAAAGAAGAAAAGAAAGAAACGAAAGGCAGCUCCAGUUGGUGUAAUUCCCAGAAAUGUCAGAUCAAAGAAAUCGGGAGCUGAGUCACAAAAGGAUAAAGAAGGAAAGGCAGUUCAACAUGUUCAGAAAGAAAAGUCGCCAAGUGUUGAUGUUCCAAAAGAACCAGAGGCGAAAACAAAAGAAGUUCCAGUUGUUGGAACAAAAGAGAGGACAGGUGAUGACGAUUAUGUCAAGAUCACAGGCUUCAAAGCUGCCAGUCCUAAAUCUGCUCAACAAGAUAUUCCUAGUUCAUCGCAUCAGAAAGAAGAAGAUUUCAACUUUGAUUUUGAUAAUAUUGGUCCUGCUACUGGUAUUUUCUCUGAAGAUCUUCCAGGAGAAAGUGAUAUGUUUAAUGAUAAAGCUGUCAAAGAGCUAAUUCAAAAGGUCAACAAGUUGGAGAAAGAAAAAGCCAAAGCAGAAUUGGAACGUGAUGUGCUGAGAAAACAAGUCGAAGAGUUGAUGAUAGCACAUGAUAAGAUAGUGGCAGCACUAGUAGAGAAAGAAGCAAGAAUGAACAAAAUGAAGGAUGAUGUCGAAGAUGAUUCUAAGAUGGUUGAGUUGUUGUCACUCGAGAUAUCUACCUUGAAUGUCAAGAUAAAGAAUCUGGAAGAGGUGAAUCAGUCACUCAAUCAACUUCUUAGUGAAAUGAGUGAAGCUUCUUCGAACGAGAUGAAGGCUAUGAAGUUGGAAAUGGAAGCUAUGAAAGAUGACAAAGUGAUGAAAGAUCAACAACUUCAGAUGCUGGUUGCUGUAGUUGAAAGCCAUCUAAAGAUGAAUAUUCAUGCUGCAUUCGAUGAGAUUGAUGUGAUAAAGGAAAAUGAAAGAAGAAUGGAGCGAGAACGUCGUGUAGCUGAAGAAGCAAACCAAAAGAACAAAGGUGUGGUUAAAGAAGUUGAAAUAGUUGAUGGAUCUUCGAGUCAACUUGAUGCUGGUGGUUCUUCUUCACAACAAGAUGUUGAGAUGGUUGUAGCUGAAGAAUCUCACGAACCAGAAUUUUUAAUUGUUGGUGAGCCUAUCGAGUCUCUUAAUGUUGAAGAUAUUUUUCGGAGAGUUGAAGUUAUUCAGAGGAAAAGAAAGGCCAGGGAAGUUCUACAACUUGAGUGGAAAACUGAUAAAUUUGUAUUGGUCGGUGAUGCUUACACUGUACCAUACAAUGCAAAAGAAGUGGCCAAGUUGUUAAAAUUUCUUGAUUUAAAAGAAAAGGGAAAGAGAGCUCGUGGUGAGUUUGUGGAAGAAGAUUCAGACAUAGAAAUGUUUGGAGUUGAAGAUGAAGAGGAUGAAGAUGAAGAAGAUGAAGAUAAAUCAGAUGACAAAGAUGAUGAUAAGUCUGAUAAAGAUGAUAAUGACAAUGAUCAGGGUGCUUCUGGAUUGUUAAUCAGAGAUCCAACUGAGGAUGAAGUUCAGAAUGAAGCAUCAUCAUCUGGAAAGCAACCUGUUGAUCAGGUACUUCUCUCAAAUCCUACCAUCUUUUAUUUAAAUGUUCAACAACAAGGAGAGGUAGAGAUUUCAAUAACAAGGGAUGAAAUGCUUGAGGAAUUAGGGUUAGAAGAUGGAAAGUUCAAGUUCGACAUCGAAAAUGAAAUUCCUCAGUCCCCUGCAAAGGAUUUUGAGCCCAGAUACCCCCAUGAAGCUGAUCAUUAUGAUGAUGUAAUUGUUGAAAGUGCUUUUGAUUCAGAGGAAGAUAGAUAUGAUUUUCAUUAUGAAGGGGUAGAUGCAGCAUUAACAUCGCUUGCAGAGUUAUUUAAAGAGAAAAAUAAAGAUGAGGUUAGGAGAAAGAUUGUAGAAAAGAUUUCAACUGAAGAUAUUCCUGAACCAGUUCCAAGAGAGAUUCCUGCAGAAGAAAGAAAGAAAUGGUUCAAGAACAUGCCGAAGGAAAGAAAAACUCUCAGGGCGCUUCAAUUUUUCACACAUAACAAAGAUCUUUCUUGGGGAGACAUCCUGUCUUGGGGAUACUAA